AUGAAAGGCCGGUGGCGCAAAGACAAGCGACCGGCAGCGGAGAAGCCGAACGGGGCAGGUUCUUUUGCAGGAGGCUCGGCGGGCCAGCAAGCUCCGAACAACAUUCUUGCAGGUUUCAGAUUUUCUGGGACCGUCGACAAGGCUGCAGAGCAGCAAAGGGAGUGUUACGAAAAUGCCCAUGCUUCUCUUGUUCGCAGUCAAUUUGCAAUGUGCGACGGAGAGACCCACGAUGAUUUCAUGAAAGCGCUCACGGGAGGCAGCAUUUACAUUCCUGCCUUUUUCAAUGCGAGCGAAAGCGAGGCGAUCUUCAACGCCCUCAUGAAGGAGCUUUCGGACUACGCAAACGAACAGCAGCCGCCCCAGGCAGCUGCGAGUGAAGAGGCUGCCGCUGCUGCAGCAAGUGGGCCAGCUGCUGCAGCAAGCGGGCCAGCUGCUGCAGCAAGCGGGCCAGCUGCUGCAGCAAAUGGGCCAGCUGCUGCAGCAAGCGGGCCAGCUGCUGCAGCAAAUGGGCCAGCUGCUGCAGCAAAUGGGCCAGCUGCUGCAGCAAAUGGGCCGGCUGCUGCAGCAAAUGGGCCAGCUGCUGCAGCAAAUGGGCCCGAGGCGGCACUGAGCGGCGCGGGCGUGUGCCGGUGGUCGCGGCACUUGAAGCACGAAAACCCCGAGGGCUUUCCCACUUUUCAAAAAGUAGUUCAACGCAUUUCGAGUUAUUUCGACUUGGAGAUUUUCGCAACUAGAAUGAACAUCUACCCCGACGGCUCCCACUGGAAGCCUCACCACCACGACUCCCACGCCUACUCCUCAGAGAGGAACCAAGCAGAGGACUUCACCGUGGGCGCGUCGUUUGGGGCGCAGCGAGCCCUCGAGUUUGCGCACGUGAAGAGUGGCCUUAAGUUUCGCUUUCCGCAAACAAGCGGCUCCAUUUUUUCGUUUAACUCUUUUGUCAACAAGAGCUUCACUCACGGCGUGCCGGCGGAGCCGGCUGCCAGCGUGGGCCCCCGCAUAUCCAUCAUUGUGUGGGGCCGGCGCCGCUCGCUGAACAAGUUGAAUGCCUGUGCCAGCGAAUUGAAACAGUAA